GGGGGCGCCGGCAGCCUCGGCGGCGGCAGCAUGAGCGCCCAGCCGCGCUCCGUGGUGCUCGACCACGGCUCGGGAAUGAUCAAGGCGGGCCUGGCCGGGGUCCGCGGGCCCCAGUUCGUGUACCCCAACAUAAUCGGCCGCGCCAGGGGCCGCAGCUCGGAGGCCGAGGGCUCGCGGGAGCUGUGGGUGGGCGACGAAGCGCAGGAGAGGAGGAGCUCGCUGUCCAUCAGCUAUCCCGUGGAGCGUGGUCUCAUCACUUGCUGGGGGGAUAUGGAGAUCAUGUGGAAGCACAUCUAUGACUGUAAUCUGAAACUAAGCCCCUGCGAUUGCCCAGUCUUGAUUACUGAGCCAGCCCUGAACCCACUGGUCAACCGCCAACAGAUCACUGAGGUGUUUUUUGAGCACCUAGGUGUCCCUGCUUUUUACAUGUGCACCCAGGCUUUGCUGGCUCUCUUUGCUGCUGGCUUUACUUCUGGCUUGGUGCUGAAUUCGGGUGCCGGGCUUACCCAGUGUGUGCCAAUCUUUGAGGGUUACUGUCUACCUCAUGGUGUACAGCAGCUACAUUUAGCAGGCCUUGACCUUACCAACUACCUCAAGAUGUUACUGAAGGACUGUAAUAUUAUGCUGCUGAGUGCCGCGGACAGACAGACUGUCAAAGACAUUAAGGAGACCCUGUGUUAUGUGGCAGUGAACUACGAAGAGGAAAUAGCCAAGAAACCCAGUUGCCUGGAGAAAGUUUAUGAACUCCCUGAUGGGCAGACCAUCAAGCUCCAUGAACAACUCUUUCGUUGUCCAGAGGCCCUCUUCGCUCCGUGUCUUGUCAACAUUGACGCCCCUGGCAUUGAUAAGAUGUGCUUCAGCGCCAUAAUGAAAUGUGACACAGAUCUGAGAAACUCUUUCUUCUCCAAUAUUAUCCUUGCUGGGGGAUCGACCUCCUUCCCUGGCUUAGACAAGCGGCUAGUAAAAGAUAUGGCAAAGAUUGUGCCUGCUAACACUGCUGUGCAGGUUAUAGCGCCCCCAGAAAGGAAGUUUUCAUCCUGGAUGGGAGGUUCUAUUCUUGCCUCCCUGUCUGCCUUCCAGGACAUGUGGAUCACUGCUGCAGAAUUUAAUGAAGUUGGUCCCAACAUAGUCCACCAAAGAUGCUUCUGAAAUACAGAUAAAAUGGUUAAAAGAAAACGCUUUGAGCAUAUGUGACAAAGGUUUGGAUGUUAUGUUCCUGGUAGAACAAAAAAUAUUUCAGUUACUGGGAUGUUCAUGUCUCUGUUGUAUUUCUACAAUGGAAAUAAUCAUGCUGAUAAUAACAAUGGUCAAACAAUGCAAGUUUACUGAGUAGAAUUAGUAGGCUGAGGCAGGAGGGUCACUUGAGUCCAGAAGUUCAAGGCCAGCCUUGGCAACAGU